GGGUCCUGUGCAGCAGGAAGCAGAGAGCUGACUUUAAAGUAAUGAAGACUCCUCCUGCUGAGCUUCUGUGGAUGUUUAUUCUUCACUUCAGUCUGAUAGAAAUAAAACACAUAGAUGUUUUACACACUGAUCAAAAUGACAUCACAUACAUUUAAUACCACGUGAUGCAUGUUCAUAGAUCCAUUACGUCCUCAUAACAUGAAGAGUUUGGGGGAAAGGACGCCCCCUGGUGGUCGUGUGAGCCUAUUCAUGUUAAACCAGGAGCAGACUGUGGAUCCCGGAGAGUGUAAUCAGAGAAGGAGACCGACACACCGAUGUGUGAGCGUGUGUGUGUGUGAGCUGCUACACAGAGCACGGUCUCCUCUCCUCGUCUCUCCUCUCGGUGCUCUCCGGGAUGCUCUGACCGCUCGGAGGAUGAUCUCGGUGGUCUCCACGGUGGAGAGUGCUCCCAGAGGAGCGGGCAGCCCCGCGCCGAGCCUCCUGCAGCGGCUCCGCAGGCUCCUCAGCAGGGAGCUGCUGGUGACGCUGGCUCUGGGUCAGGUUCUGUCCCUGCUCAUCUGUGUCAUCGGGCUGACCAGUAAAUACCUGGCUGAUGACUUCCACGCUCACACACCUGUGUUCCAGAGCUUCCUCAACUACAUCCUGCUGUUCCUGGUCUACACCACCACACUGGCUGUCAGGCAAGGUGAGGGGAACCUGCUGGCCAUCCUGAAGCAGCGCUGGUGGAAGUACAUGAUCCUGGGUCUGAUCGACAUCGAGGCCAACUACCUGGUCCUCAAAGCUUACCAGUACACCACCCUGUCCAGUGUGCAGCUGUUGGACUGCUUUGUGAUCCCUGUGGUGCUGCUGCUGUCCUGGUUCUUCCUGUUGGUCAGGUAUAAGGCAGUUCACUUCCUGGGGGCGGGGCUGUGUCUGCUGGGGGUCGGCUGCAUGGUGGGAGCUGACGUCCUGCUGGGUCGGCAGCAGGGUCUCGGAGAACAGAAGCUGUUUGGGGAUCUGUUGGUUCUGGGAGGAGCGACGCUGUACGGGAUCUCCAACGUGUGUGAGGAGUUCAUCGUGAAGAACCUGAGCCGUGUGGAGUUCCUGGGUAUGAUGGGACUGUUUGGAUCCUUCUUCAGUGGCAUCCAGCUGGCUAUCAUGGAGCACAAGGAGCUGCUGAAGGUGUCCUGGGACUGGCAGAUAGGUCUGUUGUACGUGGGCUUCAGUGCCUUCAUGUUCAGUCUGUACAGCUUCAUGCCCGUGGUGAUAAAGAGGACCAGCGCUGCCUCAGUGAAUCUGUCUCUGCUCACAGCGGACCUGUACAGCCUCUUCUGUGGACUCAUUCUCUUUCACUAUAAGUUCUCGGCCCUCUACCUGCUGUCGUUCUUCAUCAUCAUCCUGGGUCUGCUCCUUUACUCCUCCUCCUCCACCUAUGUGGCCCAGGACCCCAGAGUCUACAAGCAGUUCAGGAACACAGGAGGUCAGCCUGCCCCAGAGCUGCCCCCUCUCAGUCCUGGGGCCCCUGAGCCCUCGGUCACCUACACCAGCCUGGGCCCUGAGCUGGGGGACGAGCUUCCUGUGAGGGUGGGCUGAAGGAUGUGAGGGGGAGACACAGAGGGUGUCUAUAGAGACACAGAGCUGACUGCACCGAAGCAGCUGAAUGGAUUAUAUUGUGAAAGGGGCGGAGUCUUCACCUGCUCAUUAAAGACAGACUAAUGUACCUGGACGACCUGAACACUGAGCGAGCAGAGGGUCAUUAAAUAAAGGUGUUGUGUUCACUGUGAUACAGACUGUGUGUAGACUGUAGUGACUGAAAUUCUCCAUCCAUGAUUAAUGACUGAUCAUCAGUCAAUCCUGAACAUCAUCAUUCAUGUAAAUAAAUAUUAUUCCUGUUAUUUUA